AGCUCGCAGUCGUUAAGUUGCCGCUGAGGGGAUAGGAGUUCGUUCCGCGUCUGGCCCGCUCCACUGCGACAAGCGUGUCCACGGAACCCACCGAGAUAGAGCCUCUGGAGACUUCAGUCGCCAUAAUCGUAAACGUAAUAAGGAGGACGCACACAAAAACAAUAAUACUCGAUAACAAUUCGGCGAGAAGUCUCGGUUACUAUAAUAAACAAAAACAAAACGAAAAGGUCCUCUUGUAUGACGUUAAGAGUUUGUCUACCUCUCUCCCCUCCUACAACCACUACCAGUUCCCCUCCAAGAAGUCUGUGUUAGGCUAAGGUGGAGUGGAUAGGUAAAAGUGACGUGUUGGGCAAGGCCUACAGCAGUUAACAAUCGUUGCCGUGGUGAGGAGCAACGCUAAGUGAACUUUGUACAAGGAAGGCCUCGCCACGCGGUUGCGAGCCUCCAGUGGAGUUAACGAAGUAACUAGUGCAGACGGAACUGACGGGGACGCUUCCGUAUACUUAUUCGACUUUAAAAUCCGUCACAAACCAAGUAAUUUCUGAUUACUUUGUAUUCUGUAAUGUUCAACUUUAUGUUUCAAGAUAGAAUUCGAAAAUGUUAAAUGGCAAAGAUGUUUUUAAACGUAUCGAACACAGUGAAUGAUGUUUUGAUCGAUUAAUAUCGUGUUCGUCGCUAAAUGACCCGCUUUUACAUUACGCUUCGAGUGAUGUGUGUACGUAAAUUAGCGGAGUUUGAAGACAAAGACGCCGAGAAGUGUUCCGUGUUGAAGAUAUGUUAGAUGCUAUUGUCCCGUGGCAGAUUUUUGGAAAAUUACCGAGUCACGUAGUGUUCUUUUUUUUACGAAACCAGCCGCCCAUGUUUUUGUUUUAAAUAAAUCAAGCUGUGCGUGGUUAUCUUCAUUCGUGAAAUUAAUUUAAAAUAAUGUGCAAGAAUUCGAGUAACCACUCCAAAAAUAAAAUAGAAUAAUUUAAUUUCACUGCAAACGUUAACUAAUCGCAAAAUUAUCUUCUACUUAGGAAUCGUGAGUGCAAAGAAAACGAUUUACGUAGAACACGGUAAAUGUUUCGGACACGACCGGCCGAUUUCAUAAAACAGAAACCGGUAUCACGCAAGUCACGUAUAUUUACCGAGAGAACACGUUACAUAGCACAAAUUUGUUUCCUUGGAGUCUGAUUGUGCUCACUGAUAACCAUAACAAUUCAAGUUCGUUUGAAGACCGCGGUCUCACAAAUGCGCAUUUCCUGCCCGACUGCUGACAACCGCUACUGUCAGCUUAACUUUAUUACUGGGGCCAGAGUAGCGAUUUUGAUAUUAUCUUCAUAAUUUUCAAACACUAAUAAUAAAUCAAGAUUUUAUUUGAGAAGUCUUAAAUUAUAAUUUUAAACCUUCAUUAAUAUAUAACAAAUUUAUAUGUUUCAUGAUCACCGGCAAUUUUAAAGUAAUUAGAAAAUACUUGGGUUUAUAAUUACAGCAAGUUCACAGCAAAUUCCGUUUCACUUUCUUUCCCGCCACUGAAAACAGAGCGCGCCUGGAGCAAGUGUUAAGCAGGUUCAAGGAGAAAAACAAAACAGUUUCUUUUUGUGUUAUCGGACAAGACACGGCGUCCCUUCAGUCCCGUCUCUCCGCACAUUCUGUGACAGUGAAAGUUGCGAUAAUAUAUUUGUCUCUAAAAUCCGCUCUUUCUGAACCAACAGUGCAACAGCUCCGGUGCUUUGUCUUUCUCUCCAACAUCAUGACGCCUGAAGGCCACGCAACCACAUCCAAGGCUUACUUCUCCUUUUUUCACCUGGAAGUGAAUGUUCACUUGCUGGUGUAGGGAAUCAAGAAACCGGGUAGAAAGGUCGCACUGGGUGAGGAACGUCUUAAAAAAGAGCUCGCGAGAACCCGUUAAUCCCCCCUCUCCGGGUACUGUCCUUCAGUGCGUCAGGAAGAGAAGGGUUCUAGGAAUAGUGAAGUGUUAACUGUGAAUUCAGCGAACGUGCGAAGUGUUGCGUGUCGGAUGCUGAAGAAAUUCAUAGGUAUAAGGCUUGACUCACCACAGGGUUUCUGGUCAGUGGGCGCGGGUAGUCCCGGGGGGAUAGCACUGAUGAAGCACGGUUGGAGUAUGGCUCCUGACUUGAAUGAGACCGAGUCGCUGUUCUCGGAGUUCUCCAGUCACGAUCACGGCGACUCUCCGCUUAAUGACAGCACCGUCGCACUGAAAAUGACGGCUGCGGGAUCAGAGUUGCUUGUCGCUAAAAUUGUAGCGAUGAUAGUCCUUGGUUUCUGCUCUUUCUGCCUUGGCAUUCUGCCCGUGAAACUUGCGAAGUGGUUAAAAUGGAACAAAGAACCGACGUCGACGGCGAAAUCUUCACCGCAGCCCUUCGUCAUAUCUCUGCUGCUGUGUUUCGGCGGCGGCGUCUUGCUGUACACGACCUUCAUGCAUCUGCAGCCGGAAGUGAGGGAAGGAAUACAGGAGCUACAAAACACUGGCGAGCUACCAGAGUUCCGGCACGGUCUCCACUUCGCCGAACUCAUCUUCUGUGUCGGCUUCUUCUUCGUGUACCUCGUCGAAGAACUCGUACACGCCGUUCUUGACCGCCGACCACACGAGCACGAGGAUGAGGCUGUCCUUCACCGCACCAUGAGUUUGCGCCGAUGUUCGCGUCACCCGACACACAGCGGGGCUGACGGUGGAGAUGGCACGGGGACUUUGAUACCCAGAGUCAGCCUCAACAACUCUUCAGCUGCUGCAAAGAAGAACUUGACCAGCUCCGGAGACAACUUGGACAACGUUAUUACUAACGGGAGUACGGGAAGUAGCAUGUCUGCAAGUACACAAGGCCUGCUCAACAGCUCUCUGUCAACAAUCCUGGUGCUGGACAGUGCGAAGCAUUCCCCGCUUGAUGCUGAAGCCCACAUGACGGGGGGGCCUCUGGCGGAGUUGGGCUCGUCCAAACAAAAUCACCACCACCACCAUCACCAGCACGGUCACGGACAUGGACACAGCCAUGCGAUUCCUUUCACAGAUGAAGACGAUGGCUCGUCAGCAAGUGGUUCAACUGUGGCCAAGUCCUUGCGCGGGCUGCUAGCGGUCCUAGCUCUGUCCUUCCAUGCAGUGUUUGAGGGCUUGGCGGUGGGUCUCGAGAAGAGCGUGGGCAACGUGUGGUACUUAUUUGCCGCUAUCGCCACUCACAAACUGGUGAUCGGGUUCUGUGUCGGUGUGGAACUGAUCAGCACGCGAACGCGACUGGUGCUCAUUUUCGUGUACAUGGCCACGUUCGCCGUCGUGACGCCCAUCGGGAUUGGCGUCGGGAUCGCCCUCAGCAACGACGGCGAGGAAGCUGGCACCAAUACUGUGCCCACGGUGGUGCUCCAGGGUAUGGCUGCAGGCACUCUGCUCUAUGUCGUGUUCUUUGAGGUGCUCCAGAGAGAACGGGCCAACACGCAGUCUGGAAUAUGGCAGCUCGUCGCCAUCAUUGCUGGAUUCGCUAUCAUGUUUGCCCUGCAGCUGCUCUCCGGGCAUGAUCACAGCCACAGUCACCAGCACCACGAUCAUGAAGAGGAGGCGCAUGACGUGCUGUUCAGCAACCUGACAGAUCACCACGACCAUGACGACGAGUACCGCCGCCAGUAACAAGGCGUCCUUAAUGACAUGCGACGCCAGGACCGGUUCGCAGCCACCGUGAAGUCUGUACUGUUACUGGACUUGCAGGAGAGUGUGUGGCGGGUUCGCAGAACUUCCGUUUGUAGCGCACUUCCGUGUGAAUAUGUUGGAGAUAUUUGGAAACUGUACAAAGGUCUCCUCCCAAUUCAGUUCCAAGCAGAAUUCGAGCAUCAUCUCAAAAUUUUUGUUACCCUUUGGGUUCACUGCAUUUCCAGUAAAAAAGAAAAGUGGUUACUUAUGCGUAUUAACUCUUUGUGGCUUGUUUAACGACGCUGUCAGUAGCUAGGCUAUAGGGUGCCAAAUGUGAGGGUUACAGAUCAUUUGGACAGGGUUUUUAAGGAAGUGGCAGUGACCUACUCCAGUACAAACCCUCCAUUUGCCUAGAGCGACUGAGAAAAACUACCAAAAAAUCUGUCAGGACAGCUGGUGUUUGAGUUGACAUUUGAACCUAGUACCUCCCGAAUGCAAGUCUAGAGCGUUACCGCUGUGCUGACCCGCUCAAAUGCAUGUUAAGGGGAAAAUUAGAGGAUGAAUACAGCUUGGGAUAAUGAUUUAUUUUUGUUACUUGUAACUCCUCGGAUAUUUAAUAAUCGUCAUCAUCAUCGUUACUCGCAAAACAGCCCCUAUUUGAACCACAGCCUUCCUUACAACAUUCUGCCUGAGGGCAUCCGGUUUCGCAACAGUAUUUCUUUUUUAUAAAGCAAGUUCGCCAGGCUUGUGUCCAACUCCCUCCCCCAACCGGACGGCCUCGUCCCCAUAUUUAUGUUCCCCAGUGACAGGGUGUCCCUGUUAUGCCCCCAGACAUCGGGUUCCCUUUCCGUCGCCUUGGGCGGCUCGCAGGGCUACGGUGGAGGUAUUCUAACCCGCCUCCACACCCGGGUUUGCACAUUAAUAGAAAUGCAUUCAUUGCAUAUGGAUGGAACUAAAAGAAACUCCGUGGUUUUAGACCGAGCGACCGCCGCUUGCCGGCGAAGUUAGUGCCAACUUUUGCUGAUAGAGGGUGUCACGUGGUCAGCGCAACGGAUCCCCACGGCAGUUAAUCUCGGGUUUAUAACUCAUCUUCUCUAAAAUACAUUCUUCUUUUUUCUGAAGACUAUAACCCUCCCCUCCCCCAAGUAGCUCCGUACAGAGGGAUAAAUUCGGAAAUACACACUUAUUUGAAAUUUCUCGGCUCAAAGAGACAAUAACACUCAAAGUAACAUAAAUGUAAAGCGUACUCAAGGUAAGCGGGUUCAAAGCCGGCGGAGGUCGUGGACUUUUUAAGGGCGGAAAAAUUCAGUGAACAAGUCUUCCGGGAGGGACUUUAAGCAGU